UGCCUCACCUGUCAGCCGCGCCAGCUCCUGCGCUCCGCUCUCGCCCGCCUGUGCACCGCGCUCGCCACUCGGCACUCGCCAGACUGGGGCGGCGGCGGCGGCGGCGGCCCGGCCACCAUGAUACAUUUCAUAUUGCUCUUCAGCCGACAAGGGAAAUUACGGCUGCAGAAAUGGUACACAACUCUCCCUGACAAGGAAAGGAAAAAGAUCACCCGGGAAAUUGUCCAGAUUGUUCUCUCUCGAGGUCAGAGGACAAGCAGUUUUAUUGACUGGAAGGAGCUAAAACUUGUUUAUAAAAGGUAUGCUAGUUUAUAUUUUUGCUGCGCAGUGGAAAAUCAGGACAAUGAACUUCUGACACUAGAGAUUGUGCAUCGUUAUGUGGAGUUGCUGGACAAGUACUUUGGAAACGUCUGUGAGCUGGAUAUUAUCUUUAAUUUUGAAAAGGCUUAUUUUAUCCUGGAUGAAUUUAUAAUAGGUGGAGAAAUUCAGGAAACAUCCAAGAAAUCUGCUGUCCAAGCCAUUGAAGAUUCUGAUAUGUUACAGGAGACACUGGAAGAGUACAUGAACAAGCCUACAUUUUAACUGUGCGCCUCCUUGGAGGCUCCGAGCACCACAGGCUGUGGAUUUGUCCAGAAGCAAUGCCUUGCCCAAGUGACUGAAUAGAGCCUCCAGCACCAUGCCAAAAAGAACUUAAAAGGGAUUUUUUUGUUAACUAGCAGAAAUUAAAGUUGUUUAACAUAAUGUAUUUAUCAUUAUUACAUGUC